CCUGCAGAGAAACACAAAGUUCACACGCGAGCGGCUUUUGUUGACAUCCUUACCUCUCCCACUCACACUUGACUCGCGCUCGGGAGGGACAACUCGCCUCUUCUCUCUCUCUCCUCUCCCUCUCCCCCUCUCCCUCCUUCUCCCCUUCUCCCUCCUUCUCCCCCCGUUCCUGUUAUCGCCACCGCUGCUCGCUCCGCCGCCGCCGAGCCAGGCAUGCUGCGGGGGCUGCUCUCCCUGCUGCUGGCCGCCCAGCUGCACCUCGCCGCGGCCCAGCCGCCGGCACCUGCCGCCGGAGCCCGGCCGCCUCCGCCGCCUCCCCCGUCCCGUCGUGGCCCUCCCCCGGGGCCGCCCCGCGGGGCCAGCGGCGUCGUGCGGCGCCUCGACCCGACCUACGCGGGGGGCGGCAGGGCGGGCUACGUCCUCUACGCCGGCGGCCGCCGCUUCCUCCUCGACCUGGAGCGCGAUGAGGCGCUGGGGCCGCGGGACGGGGCCCCGGCGCGCUGCUCCUACCGCGGCACGGUGGACGGCAGCCCCCGCUCCCUCGCCGUCUUCAACCUCUGCGGCGGCCUCGACGGCUACUUCGCCGUGGGGCGCGCCCGCUACACCGUGAGGCCGGCGCGGCGCGGCGGGGAGGCGGCCGGCAUCUACGGGGAGGGCCCGGCCCGCGUCCCCCACCUCUUCCGCAGGGACCGCUUCAGCUUCCAGGCGCUGCCCGCCCGCCACAGCUGCGGCACCCGCGACGCGAUGGCUGUCGAGGGGGCGGCGGGGGGCGGCCGGAGGCGGCGGCGGCGCCGCUCCGUCUCCCGGGCCCGGCAGGUGGAGCUGCUGCUGGUGGCCGACGCCUCGAUGGCGCGCAAGUACGGCAAGGGGCUGCAGCACUACCUGCUCACCCUGGCCUCCAUCGCCUCCCGGCUGUACGCGCACGCCAGCCUGGAGAACCACGUGCGGCUGGCCGUGGUGAAGGUGGUGGUCCUGGGCGAGAAGGAGAAAGGGCUGGAGGUCAACCGGAACGCCGCCACCACCCUCAAGAACUUCUGCAAGUGGCAGCACCAGCACAACCGCCUCGACGACGACCACGAUGAGCACUACGAUGCCGCCAUCCUCUUCACACGCGAGGAUUUAUGUGGGCAUCAUUCAUGUGAUACUCUGGGAAUGGCAGACGUUGGGACCAUAUGCUCUCCUGAGCGCAGCUGUGCAGUGAUUGAAGAUGACGGCCUCCAUGCAGCUUUUACAGUGGCUCACGAAAUUGGCCACUUGCUUGGUCUUUCCCAUGAUGACUCCAAAUUUUGUGAGGAGAACUUUGGCUCCAUGGAAGAUAAGCGCCUUAUGUCCUCCAUUCUGACUAGCAUUGAUGCUUCCAAACCCUGGUCCAAGUGCACUUCAGCAACUAUAACAGAGUUUUUUGAUGAUGGUCAUGGUAACUGUUUGCUGGACCAACCAAGAAAGCAGAUCCUGGGCCCCGAGGAGCUUCCAGGACAAACCUACGAUGCCAUUCGUCAGUGCAAAUUGGCAUUUGGAUCCGAAUACACAGUGUGUCCCGGUAUGGAUGUGUGCUCUCGCCUGUGGUGUGCAGUUGUUCGUCAAGGUCAGAUGGUUUGUCUGACUAAGAAGCUGCCUGCUGUGGAAGGGACACCAUGUGGAAAAGGGAGGAUAUGCCUCCAGGGAAAAUGUGUUGACAAAACCAAGAAAAAAUACUACUCGGCAUCAAGCCAUGGUAACUGGGGGUCCUGGGGACCUUGGGGACAGUGCUCCCGUACCUGUGGUGGAGGCGUUCAGUUUGCGUAUCGUCACUGCAACAAUCCAGCUCCUAGAAACAACGGCCGGUACUGCACUGGCAAGAGGGCCAUCUAUCGCUCCUGCAAUGUCGCACCCUGCCCAGCAAAUGCUAAAUCUUUUCGACAAGAACAGUGUGAAGCAAGGAAUGGCUAUCAGUCUGAUGCAAAGGGUGUCAAAACUUUUGUUGAAUGGGUACCCAAGUAUGCUGGAGUGCUUCCUGGAGAUGUUUGUAAGCUCACCUGCCGAGCCAAAGGAACUGGCUAUUAUGUGGUAUUUUCUCAAAAGGUAACUGAUGGUACUGAAUGUCGACCGUACAGUAAUUCGGUCUGCGUCCGGGGAAAAUGCAUCCGAACUGGUUGUGAUGGCAUCAUCGGUUCAAAGCUCCAGUAUGAUAAGUGCGGGGUGUGUGGAGGAGACAAUUCCAGCUGCACAAAGGUCAUGGGAACCUUUACCAAAAAGAGUAAGGGCUACACAGAUAUAGUGAAAAUCCCAGAAGGGGCAACUCACAUCAAAGUUCGGCAAUUCAAGGCAAAGGACCAGAGCAGGUUUACUGCCUACCUGGCCCUGAAAAAGAAAAACGGUGAGUAUCUUGUCAAUGGAAAAUAUAUGAUCUCCACUUCAGAAACAAUCAUUGACAUCAAUGGGACUGUCAUGAACUAUAGUGGCUGGAGUCACAAAGAUGAUUUCUUGCAUGCGAUGGGACACUCUGCGACAAAAGAGGUUCUUAUUGUGCAGAUACUUGCGACUGACCCAACUCAACCCGUGGAUGUCCGUUAUAGUUUCUUCGUGCCAAAGAAGCAAGGGCAAAUGACUAACUCUGUCACCAGCAGUGGCAGCAACAGCAAAGUAACUCCACAGCUCAUGCAACCCCGGUGGGUUACGGGGCCGUGGCUUUCUUGUUCUCGAACAUGUGACACAGGAUGGCACACCAGGACUGUCCAGUGCAAAGACGGGCAUGGAAAACUAGCUAAAGGAUGUCUUCUCUCUCAGAGACCAUCAGCAUUUAAACAGUGCUUGUUGAAAAAGUGUUAACCUGUGGUUGUGAUCUUCUUUAAAAGAGGUUUGAUGAAGCCAUUGUUGACAUACUGGUAUUAGGUCUGCCCAGACAGAGAGAAGCAAAGGCUUCAAUGUACUUACAUAUAGUCUCAAAUUAUGGGCAGAAUCUGCCUAUUUGGACCAAAUGAAGAUGUGCACUGCUUUAAAAAAUAGUAGGGUGAUCUUAAUAUGCCAAAAACCUAAGCAUUAAAGUUGUUAUAAGCCCUCUGCGUCUGCAAAAAUAUAAAAUAAAAUAAUAAAAAAGAAGAAAAACUAGUGAAUGGAGGAUCCUGGGAUAUUUGAAGGUUACAGAAUCAUCUCCCCCUUUUUCACCUACCUCUAAUACAGUAUGUCCUUAGAAAAUGUCACAUGUACCCAUGAUACCACAGUAGCUUAUUUUAUACUGUUUUGUAAAUAUAUUUGAUUUGGUAUGUCACUUUAUAUCACUUGGUUCUAUUAAAAAAAAAAAUCAAAAGACAAACUAUAUAAGCAAAGUGAUUGACCAAAGUAUAUCUGCAGCCCUGUGGACUUGGUCGAGUCUUCAGAAAUGGCUGCAGAUGUUUUACUGGAAAAUGAAGAGCUUGCUGCUGGUUUUAAAAAGUAAUACCUUUUGGUUUUGACAAAAGGAAAUGCAUUUUUGUUCCAGGAAUUUCCUGACAGCAGAUCAUAAUUCUGACAAAUACUGUGUUUCCACCAAGAAAUUCUCAAAAGGAGCAUUGCAGCAGUUCACAGACCAGGGAUCCCCACAAGUACAUUGCUCAAAUACCAGCACCAUCAGCAGCUCCUUACUAUGUGUAUGUCAGAUAGCAGGAGGUUUUGGCUGCUAGAAAGAAUGUGUGUACCUUUGACUUGGUAAACCUUCCAUUAGCUCCAGCUGUGUCACAGCACAGGGUCCUUCUUGUCGAUGAACAAUAGCUGCUAGUUCCUUCUUUCCAUAAAACAAAGGCAUACUGUAUUUUGUAGAAACUAGUUAGAGAACCAAAAAUUACAGGUAAGGUAAACAAGUGUCUUCUAACUCAGAUAUUCUGAGGCUGUAUACAACUGCUUUCUCUGUUAUUUUCUCUAUGGCUUCCACCUUGAAUCUAACAAUGUGUAAUGUACCUACAUCUUUUGAAGAGGCUAUAAAGGUCAAAAAACACAGCAAGCAGUUAAUAUUUUAUCACUGUUUUGUCCAUCAUGUCUAACUCUGGUAUUCAUCUUACCAGCAAAAGUUUGUAACUAUUUGUCUUUUUGUUUGUUGAUUUUUUUUUGUUUUUAUUUUUUUUUAAGCUGUAGAAGUUAUUCAUAUUUUGUAUAUCUACCACAUUUGGGAGGAAGAGGGGUCAUUAGAAAGUCAAACCACAUCAGGAUGUGGAGGACUUACCCAAUAUCAAUAAGACUGUUUCCACAGUACAGGCAGUAGCUAGUAAUAAUUUUCUUUGGCAGCAGCUUCUGAAUCCCAUUAUUGUCUGGUGGAAGUUGUGUGACCGAGGAAGGGUAUUUCAACAUAUGCAGGUUAACAGGUGGAGGCUUGACACCAACCCUGUUAGAAUUGCUUCCUUUUUAUCAUCAGGUUUUGAAUAAAGCUCUAGAAUAACAGGUACCAAAAGAAAUGGUCAUGAUCUGCUAAUGAAAAUAGAAGCCCAUCUGUCUUUUAUUUUUCAAUUCAUCCACUCAGGAGAAUGUGAAACUGUAGGAGCAUUUUCGGACACAGCUGUGAGUCAGUGGUACUUGAGCACUGAACUUCCCUAGACUCUUCUAGGAAAAAUCCCAGUCAUGAAAUCAGUAAAAAAACAUGUUGGUUUGUGUAGCGAGAAGGUCAGAUCUCACUCCAGGCGGACAUAAACAUGUUUUUGCAACUGUGGCGUGUUUGUGUGAAUUCUAGAAAGCAUGUGAUGAUUUAAAACAGCAUAGAGUUGCUACAUCUACCAGUAUGAACCUGGAGAAAUAUCUGUUUUUGUACUCUAUUACAAGUAAACAGGAAUAGGGUUAAGGCCUCAUCCUCCCUAAAACUGAAUUACAAAGGAAUGUUACUAGUCAUCGUCAGCUUUCAGGAAUGGUGUGACCUAAUAGAAGGAAGUAGUCCUAUAAAAAAACAUGGGUCUUGAGGAAAAUUCCCCUGUUAAUAACUGAUGUCAUCCUAAUAACUUAGAUCAAGGAUCUGAAUAUUUGCAAACUUCUGGAAAGUUAAGAUUUUUGCCUCCUCUACCUAUUACCAUGUUUGAAAUGUCUUAUUUUCAUUUAAAGUAAUCUGAUUUUUAUACUUAUAUAUAUAAACACGUGUUCCAGAACCUCUCACGAAAGUUCAUAAUAAGUAGAAACCAUCAGGAGAGGAAAAAUAAGGAGAUUUAAUGUGCAUAGACUUAAUAUUUUGUCUUGGCAUACAGCUGCUUUAUUAAGUGGCAUUUAUUUUUCCUGUGUUUUAUCAGAAUAGAGAGAGAAUGUACAAGUAUUUGUGUUUGCAUCAUAGUAAUAAUUUAUUAUAUAGUGAAUGAAAUGAGUAAAGCUUUUGGAUACUACUCAGAUUCCAGAAGAAUAAUACCAUAAGCUGGUAUAAAUUUAAAGCUUUCUUAGAUCAAGACUAUCUUUUUCAUAGAAAGAUUAUUUAUAAAAAUUAAAUAAAUAUGGGAACUAAAGAAAGCAAAUAUAUGUGCAAAAGAAGUUUCCUUUAUAUGGUGAGAGGGCAAAGGGGACAGACAAAGGAAACAAUCCUAAAAAUGCAAGAUGAACUAGACCAGCCUGCUCUAUUUAACACUUGCCUUUUAGCUGAUCUUUGUAAUCAGACUCCAAUUCCCAACCUUGCUUUUUUCAGUCAUAGCUAUUUCAUGUAACUGAUGAAUGAAAAAUUGAUGCAAGGUAUGUGACUUUGUCAUUUCAACUUGUGUUCCAAACUAAAUUCUUUGUUGGUCACACUGUUACGUCAUUGCUUAUAUUACUACAACGUCAUGCCAAACAAGAUUCAUAAAAUGCUUCCACUAGAUAGAGACACUGUCUAAGAAGCCCAGAGUAUUACUCUGUGCAUGGAAAUAAACAAUAGUCAGUGUUGAACUCACUGCAGGCUUUUGGGGACACAUCUCCACAAUGCCUUAGGUGGAGUUGGUCCCCUUAGAAUCUGUGUUGUUUAGAGCAUCUGCUUUUCAAAUAUGACAGCCUCAUUAGGAAAAAGCCUAUCAUCUAUGGUUUGUCUGUAUACCUGAAAUUCAAUUUAGCUGCCCUCCUGUGGAAACAGUUUUAUCACAAGGGAGAGAGGGAAUAAUCUUGUGGAUUAAUCACAAUUGUUUAAAAAAAAAAAAAGAAAAAAAAAAGCAACACAGCACUGAAAAAAAUAAAAUAAUUUAUUGUUUUUACAACUGGUAUGUGAAUGGAUGUAAUGAAUUUAUUUAUUCUUAUUUAACAAAAAUACCAAUUGUGCAAAUUCUAUAUUUAAAAUGUUUACUAUCGUCUCUGUCUCUCUCUUUCUUGCUCUCUCUAAUUUAUGCUUCAAAUUUCUGUUGAAAGUACACCUUGUGAGUUUACAUAAUGUAUGGCACUGGUUAUUUUUUGUUUGUUUUUAUUUAGAAAGCCUUCUUCAUGAAACAGGAGUAUAUGUGUAUACAUGUGUGCACACUGUAUAGAUGUAUAUUCUUUUUUCUGCUACUACCUUUCUUAGACAAGUUGUAGAUUUCUAAGUUUGUGACACCUCAUGCUCAAACGCUCAAAGGAGCUUUGUUACACUUCAGCUCUAAAAUCUCUCAACUAGCAAGUCAUA